AUGAGCUGCUGGAGUAGGUUUGUCUUUUACGUGAUUAUGAUACUCCUUACGACAGGGAUGAUCAUUGUGACCACUAUAAUCAACUCCCUCCAUUAUGACAUGAAAUACAAGUCUAGAGACAUUUUCCAGCACAACAGACGGGUGAACCUCCUGGUAAAGUUCGACAUAGCAGCUCCCGUUGUAUUCUUCGUGGUUUCUAUCUUUUACAGGCAGGUGAUAUUACCGAUACUCUGUUUACCUUUCAUAGGGACGACAAUAGUGCUGUACAAGGAGAAUCGCCUCUUCUUUACACCCAACAACCUGCAGAACAGGUUGAAGUUCGAUGAAAAGUACUCCCUAGUGAAAAUGCUCAUGUACAGCGGUUUGUUCGUUUACCUGGUCAUCCGGGGCGCUGUUCAGCUGGGUAUCUGCCUGUCCUCGUGA